UGAUCUUGCGAUGAGUAGCGGGGGAUUGCUUAGUAUAUCCGCUAUGCUAUAGGCCUAGGCCAGCAACCUAAGAGAGGGAUCAAGAUGGCGCAGGUCCCUUAUAUGGGCAGGGCCUGGCCGUUUUGGAUUGGUCCGUAACGACUGUCAAUCACCGUUACAGUGCAUUGUGGGUGCAUACGUCACGGGAACCUCCAAAGGUCCUAAAGCAAAACCAUAGAGUUUCCACCUAAUCACGUGACCCGAAGGUCCUGCCACGCUGUGAACAGAGAUCUGACAAGCGGACAAAUAAACCUGCACAUGCACCUCCAGCAGCUGCGCAAAUAUAGCACAGGGGAGUUUACCGAGUCCCAUCUAUGUGUCCUCUGAAGUCAUCGUCCCUUUGAUGUAUUAUAAGCAAGGUUGACGUAGACGAUGGCCAGUUACUGAUUGAGGAGGAUCAGAAGGAUAGAAAGUUUUCUAGUAAUGUCUUCUGGGCUGGGUUUAACUUGAUCAAUGCCAUCCUAGGUACAGGAAUGAUAGGGUUGCCUUAUUCUAUGAAACUGGCUGGAUUGCCAUUGGGAAUUUUUCUUUUGCUUGGAGUGGCAUACGUUACAGAUUAUUCUAUGAUACUGCUGAUUAAGGGAGGCGAGAUGUCUGCCACUAACACAUAUCAAGCACUUGUCAGCAGGACAUUUGGAUUCCCUGGAUAUCUGCUGUUGUCAGUGCUACAGUUUUUAUAUCCCUUUGCCGCAAUGAUCAGCUACAACAUCAUCACAGGAGAUGUUUUGCCAAAAAUAUUUCAAAGGAUCCCAGGAGUUACUCCAAGAAGUAUACUUGCAGACCGACAUUUUGCUAUCUUGAGCACCACGAUCAUCAUUACUCUUCCUAUAGCGUUAUAUCGGAACAUGCAAAGACUGGGAAAGGUAUCUCUGAUGUCUCUACUUUUCACAGUAAUCGUCCUGGUGAUGGUAAUUACGAGAGCAUCAUCACUGAUCUACACAAUACCACAUACUGAAGGAGCCUGGGCGUUUGCUAAGUGGAAUGCAAUCCAAGCAGUCGGAGUCAUGUCUUUUACGUUCAUGUGCCAUCAUGCAUGUUUUUUAAUAUAUGGAUCUCUUGAGAAAGGAACAGUCAGAACCUGGUCCAGUAUUACCCAUGUGUCAAUGAUAAUCUCAUUUCUUAUUAGCGUCCAGUAUUCCAUUUUUGGAUAUGUGUCUUUUACAGGAUUUACACAAGGGGACUUGUUUGAAAAUUAUUGUAAGGAUGAUAACCUGGUGACGGUCGGAAGGUUUUUCUAUGCCAUGACUGUAAUCCUCACCUACCCAAUGGAAUGUUUUGUUGCUAGAGAGGUGAUUUCAAAUGUUUUCUUCGGUGGGACCCUUUCCAACAUCCAUCAUUUUGCAAUCACAUUGCUUGUUGUAUCUGUUACCACAGUCAUAUCUUUAUUUUCUGACUGCCUAGGAAUGGUGCUAGAACUCAACGGCGUUCUUAGCGCUACUCCCCUGGUCUUCAUCAUUCCCACCGCCUGCUACUUGAAGCUGUCUACAGAUCACUGGUACCACAUCAAUAAUGCCAUGCCCUGCUUCAUCCUACUGCUUGGUAUAAUAAUAAUGCCUGUAGGGUUUCUCAUGGCCGUUUUAUAUCCACAAGAAUGUAGCCACGGAAAAGAAAUGCUUUACUGUUUCACAAAUUCCACCCUCAUGGAUGUCUCCAUAGCACACUUGUAUCAAAGUAAUUCAUCUGAAAUAAAAUAAUUCUCCAUUAUCACACCCUAUAUUUUGAGUAUAUUUUUGGGAGCUAUGAGCAGAAUAUAUGGACAAAUGAGUUAUUAGUUUGGAUGUAUUAUUAUAUAUGAAAGCAGAUGUGAAAUAAAAGAUUAAAUAAGCACUGUCAUUUCAACAAACUUUGCAUAGAUCAAUAGUACAAGCAAA